AUGAGUUCUUACAAACUUAGAACAGAAGCUGCAAGUGUCCUGUUUUUUAUUGCGCUAUGCUGUGUGGAAAGUACGACAACGAAGUACUACACCUACGAAGAAGAUGCUCCUGGCACGGAGAUUGGAAAUCUGUCGCAGGAUUUGAAGAUCGACCCGGCGGAGGACCCAGAGACAAGUUUUCGAUUUAUGCAGAAGGGAAACUCUUCUCUGAUUCAAAUGCGACAGAUUGACGGACUUUUAACUGUCGGAGAGAUAAUUGACCGGGAGCAACUUUGCCCUCAAUCACCUCGAUGCAUGAUUACGUUUGAUGUCGUCGCCUUCUCCAAAGAAAAGUUUCAACUGAUUCAUGUGGAGAUCGAGGUGAAAGACAUUAAUGACAACUCACCCAAGUUCCCACACAACGAAACGUACCUCGAGAUUUCCGAAGAUGUAUCGGUGGGCACGCGAUUCCCGCUGGACAUUGCAGUCGACCAAGAUGUCGGCAGCAACUACAUCCAAAGUUUCCAGAUUUCCUUUAACACCCAUUUUGCUGUGGAAACACGGAGCCGAGAGGACGGGGUUAAAUAUGCAGAACUUGUACUAGUGAAUCGACUGGACAGGGAAGUAGAGGAUUCUUACACAAUUCAGGUGACAGCUACGGACGGAGGGAGUCCCCACAGGUCAGGGUCAAUGACUGUCCAUAUCAGAGUUCUGGAUUCCAAUGACAACAGCCCGGCUUUUGAGCAUAGCUCCCUCAAAGUCGAGCUUUAUGAGGACUCACCCGUCGGUUUUCUUCUCCUUAAAGUACAUGCCUUUGACCCAGACGACGGUCUUAAUGGUGAGGUAGUGUAUGCUUUUGUUGAAGAUUCAUCAAACGAGGUAAAGCAGGUGUUUCAAAUUGACCAAUUUUCCGGCGCCGUCACCCUAAAAGCAUUGGUUGAUUAUGAGACCAAGAGGUCGUAUGAACUGAAUAUCAAGGCUUAUGAUUUAGGCGUAAACUCGGUCCCGUCUACUUGUAAGGUUGUUGUGGAAAUCGUAGACGUAAACGACAACCCACCAGAAAUCAGCAUUAAACCGAUGACUUCCACGAGUGAUGGAGUCGCGUACAUUACAGAGGCCGCUGCGGAGGAGAGUUUUGUGGCUUUAAUUGGCACCUCGGACAGAGAUUCCGGCUCAAACGGGUACGUGCGCAGCAGUUUGCACGGGCACGAGCAUUUCAAACUGCAACAGGCUUACGGUGACACCUUCAUGAUCGUUACGACCACAACUUUGGAUAGGGAAAAAAUUCCAGAGUACAACCUAACUGUUGUGGCCGAAGACCUGGGCUCUCCCCCCUUCAAAACCAUAAAGCACUAUACAAUCAGAGUAACUGACGAAAACGACAACCCUCCCCUUUUCAGCAAGGCAGUCUAUGAAGUUUCAGUUAUGGAAAAUAACGUCCCCGGCUCGUACAUCACCACUGUAGUAGCCAGAGAUCUUGAUAUGGGCAACAACGGCAAAGUCACCUACAAACUCAUAGAUGGAGAAGUGCUUGGGGGUGCACCUUUAUCAACAUUUGUCUCUGUAGACCCAGUUUCAGGGUCACUGUAUACCGUUAGGUCUUUUAAUUACGAGUCAGUGAAGCAAAUUGAAGUCCGCAUCCAGGCCUCUGACAGGGGCUCCCCUCCUCUGUCAAGUACUGCCUUAAUAAGAAUCAAAGUGAUAGAUCAGAAUGACAACGCCCCACAUAUUACAUAUCCCAUUUUAAGCAACAGCUCUGCUGACGUGGCUAUACCUGUAAACGCACCUCCUGGUUACCUCGCUCUUCACGUCAAGGCGCGAGAUGCAGACGAGGGUGUGAACGGCAAGCUCACUUUCGAAAUUUUAGAGGAUGAACAGAUGCUUUUCUCUAUCAACAAGGAGAGCGGCGAGAUUGUUCUGAAGUAUGGCCUGACUCUCGUGUGUGGAGACGUGCUGCAUGUCAAGAUCGGUGUCUGUGACAGCGGGAGAUUGCCUCUGUCGACCAGUGCCACUUUCCGGUUUGUAGUGACAGAAAUGCAGCCGUUGGAAGACCAGAUAGUCGUUGUUCUGAAGUCGGGCGAGGAGGAGCUGUCGGAGCUGGACGUGUCGCUCGUCAUUAUCAUUAUUCUUGGCGGGGGUUGCGGUCUUUUGCUAAUAGCAAUCGUGGCUGUUGCACUUUCAUGCAAGUUAAACCGAAAGGGGAGAGAUUAUGACUCAAAGAAAAACGGCACACGCGGCCUUUUUGAAAGGGAUCAUCUCCCCAUACACAACUCAGGAGAUUCCAAUGUGUUCACUGCAUCCCGAGUCGACGACCACAGUACGUCUUCACAUCACGAGUCCAGCAGCCUUUAUUCAGACAGAAGUGGAGAUUCGCAGACCAAGGUCUUCCUGCCUUCUUUCAACAUGAAGCCCUUUGAAGCAGUAUCCCUGUGGCCCUGUGAAAAAUAUAACUUGCAGCUCAGUGGCAUUGGGAACACAGACCAGCUGAGCGUGAAGGACAGUGGUAAAGGGGACAGCGACUUCAAUGACAGCGAUUCUGACAUCAGUGGGGAGGGAUGCAGGAAAAAUUCCAGCACAUUUCACCCCCGGGCAAACAGUUCAUUUCUCUCAGGCAGCACCAUUGCUGUGGAUCGGCAGGAGAGAUCCCGUGUUAUCCCCACUCACACCACUGCCCCCCGUGGGAGUGGGUACACUAUAGCUUUUUCCCAAACGCCGGCCUACAGCAGCCCUCAUUCUUAUGGCACCACUUGGAGAGACUCAAGCUACGGAGCCAACAACCCCAGAGCCAGAGUCAUGCUACAGACAUUUCCCCGGGCAGGAACAUUGCUCCCAUCCUUCUGUCAGUCAGAGCGGCAGGCAAACACCUGUCAUGAAGCUAUGGACUCACAGAGCCAAGAUGUCUCAACAUCACCCCCGCUGGCAGAGGUUGCUACUACCUUUUAA